UCCAUGGCCUUACACACUCUUUAGUACAGUUCACAAUAUUUUAGCAUUCAUCUCAGAGUAGGACUUUCAAUUAAACAGCUCAACAUCUCUGAACUCUGAAGCGUAGAUAGGCAGAUAGCUCAACAUAUAAAAGCAGUAGCAAAUGCAUGUCCAUAUAUGUCAACCAACAGCGAAAGUAGCAAUUAAUUCAGUCAGUUGAAAUGGAGUUCUACGCCUAUUCCAUGCUCCUCAUCCUGCCUCUGAUACUGUACAUGUCCUACCACCUCACAAGAACCCUAGCCGAGAAGAAGCCCACCACCCAUGGCCUCAAGGCACACCCGCUGCUCGGCCACCUACCGGCCUUCGUCAAGAACAGCCACCGCUUCCUUGAUUGGUCGACGGAGCUCAUCGCCGGCAGCCCGGAGAUGAGGAUUGGAUUGUGGAUCCCCGGGAUGCGGAGCGGCAUCGUCACCGGCAACCCGGCCGACGUCGAGCACAUCCUGCGCACCAACUUCGCAAACUAUCCCAAGGGCCAGCACGCCAUUGGCACGCUCGAGGAUUUCCUCGGCCAUGGCCUCUUCAACUCCGACGGCGAGCAGUGGCUCUGGCAGCGCAAGAACGCCAGCUACGAGUUCAGCAAGCGCUCCCUGCGCAAGUUCGUCGUCGACGUCGUGCAGGCCGAGGUCGCCAACCGCCUGCUCCCGCUGCUCCGCCGCGCUGCCGGUGAUGGUGUCGGUGGUGAUGCCGUCGUCCUCGACUUGCAGGACGUGCUCCAGCGAUUCGGGUUCGACACCAUCUGUAUGGUGGCGUUCGGGCAUGACCCGCGCUGCCUCGCCGACGGCGGGGUCCUGGAGGAGGCCAAGUCGGAGUUCAUGCACAACUUCGGCGAGGCACUGGACCUCGUCAUCGGCCGCUUCAUGGACCCCAUCGAGGUCUCCUGGAAGAUCAAGAAAUGGCUCAACAUCGGCACCGAGCGCCGCCUGAAGAAAGCCAUCGCCGACGUCCAUGCCUUCGCCAUGGACAUUGUCCGCGCCCGGCGCCAGAGCGCGUCCGUGAAAGACAGAGACGACGUCUUGUCAAGGUUCGUGGCGAGCGACGAGUACAGCGACGAGGUCCUCCGCGACAUCGUCCUCAGCUUCCUCGUCGCCGGCCGUGAGACGACGUCGUCGGGGCUGACGUGGUUCUUCUGGCUGUUGUCAUCCCGGCCCGACGUCGUGGCGCGGAUCGCCGACGAGGUCCGCGCUGUGAGGAAGGCGACCGGCACGCGCCCCGGCGAGCCAUUCGGGUUCGACGCGCUCCGGGAGAUGCACUACCUCCACGCCGCGCUCACGGAGUCGAUGCGGCUGUACCCGCCGGUGCCGACCGACCCGCAGUCGUGCGCGGCGGACGACACACUCCCCGACGGCACGUUCGUCCGCGCCGGCUGGUUCGUGAACUACAGCGCGUACGCCAUGGGGAGGCUCGCCGCCAUAUGGGGCGAGGACUGCAUGGAGUACAGGCCGGAGCGAUGGCUCGGUGACGACGGCGCGUUCCAGCCGGCGAGCCCGUUCCGGUUCACGGUGUUCCACGCGGGGCCGAGGAUGUGCCUCGGGAAGGAGAUGGCGUACGUGCAGAUGAAGUCCAUAGUUGCUAACGUGAUCGAGGAGUUGGUGGUCGACGUCGUCAAGGAGGUCGCCGGCGGGGGCGUUCCGGAGCAUGUGUUCUCUAUAUCGCUGAGGAUGAAGGGUGGCUUACCUGUGAAGAUAAGGAGAAAGGGUGAAUCUUUUUAG